AUGAGAGAGGGACGACGGGAGCAGCGCAAGGAGCUGAUGGUGACACCGACCCCGCACGCAAGCGACAAAGCUCCUUCUCCACGUCAUCAAGCCUAUCUAGAAGACGGCGCUCCAUUGCGGACGGCGCUGGACGCGCUUUUCCGCCGCGACUGUCACCCCCCCGUCCCCCACGACGCGCACGCCCACUUGCGCUCGAGCACACAGGCGACUGCGGGUGAGAUGGGCCCUGCUGACGCUGGCGGCCAGUUUAACGGUCCCCGCGACGAGGGGAGUAGAGCCGUUGGCGCUCUACAGGAGGGAACGAACGCGGAGCUGGGGGCCGACGCCCAGACCUCUGGCGGGCAGGCGACCGCUGGCGAGAUGAACGGUGAGGGGGCGAACGAUGACGAUGCGAACGGUGGUCACGGGAUCGGCUUCGCAACGCCACACGACGAGGCGAAUGAGGCGACAGCGGCGAACGGGCCGCACCAUGACGAUCAUCGCGGCGGCUCUCCCGCUUAUCGUCGCGAGCUGCCGAUGAGCGACGGCGAGGCGAACGCUCCUGGCGCGCCACAGCGUCUGCGCCGAAGCACAAGACAAACCCGCGCGCGGGGGCUACCGCGGCGCAACAGGCGGAACUUGUGGCAGCUACCCUGCGGAGCGGACGGGGAAGCACGCGGGGGAGAGGCGGGCGACGAGGAGCGCGUGGAGGGCAGAGGAGCAUAG